AUGAAAAGUAUUGAAAUCUACGGAUUCAUUGGAUGGAUAGCCUCCUAUAUAGUGUUUGUCGUUUAUUUGGCAUGGGUUUUCUUGCCAGAAUCAGCAUUACAUGUAAGACCUUAGUAUCGACUUAUCAAAGUCAUUAGGGAUUCAUUACUUCCCUUAGAAAUAUUGGGCUCUAGCAAUCCCUAGUUUCUUCGUGGCUACAAUUUUUACUGUGAUAACUGGUUACGCAGCUCUGAAUUAUUGUUUCUGCAAUCAUUUCAACUCUUAUGAAAACAUUGAAGGUAUCCAUCCAAUAAUAAUCCAUUUUAGACAAAUACACCAGACUGCACAACCUCAAGAAAACAGAGCUGCAUGAAGGCUUGCCUGAAGUGUAUGACAUUCCAAUAAACGUUGUGAAUAAUGUGUUGUAUUGGCAGAAGGAAAUGAUAGAAAAGUAUUUGCCGAAACAUUAGGAUUGAAUUCCAUA